AUGGAUAGUCUAACCAACGGUUUUGACAUUCUGAUACAGCAAGAGGAAAUCUGUAGCAGUAAAGAAUGUAGGAAUUUGAAAUCAGCUCGUGAAGACCCCCAGACAGUUGAUAGUCUCAUAAGGGCUGAAGUGGAGAAAGGUUUCGUCAUAGGCCCUUUUACAUCCUCUCCAUUCAUGUUACAUAGAAUUAGUCCUGUGGGAAUAGCAGUUGGAAAAUAUUCAGGAAAGAAAAGGCUUAUUUUAGAUUUAUCUUCACCCCAUAAUGACCCAAAUCAUGAAAGUAUCAACAGUUUAAUUGACAAAGAGAAAUGCUCACUUUCGUAUGUUAAAAUUGAUGAUGCUAUUCGACACAUUCAAGAAUAUGGAAAAGGGUCAAUUUUGUGUAAAACAGACAUUCAAGACGCUUUCAAGCAAAUUCCUGUAUUACCUGAACAGUGGCGUUUUCUGGGUUUUAAAUGGAACAAGAACUAUUAUUUUUGUGUAAGAUUACCAUUUGGAUCUCGAUCUAGCCCCAAGAUAUUUGAUAAUCUUUCUCAAGCAGUGUGUUGGAUUGCACAGCACAACUAUGGUAUCCAUACAAUUUUGCAUUUGCUGGAUGAUUUUCUUACAAUUGACAGGCCCCAAGGAGAUGGAGAAAGAACUAUGCUGAUAUUAAAAAUGAUUUUUAAAAAGCUGGGAAUUCCUAUAUCAGAGAAAAAGACCGAAGGUCCGUCGACUCGUCUUACUUAUCUCGGUGUUAUUCUGGAUACAGAGAAAAUGCAAGCCAUUUUACCAGAAGAGAAAGUACAGCGCAUUGCCAACUUUAUUCAUGAUCUUUUAAGGAAAAAGUCAUGCACAAAAUUAGAACUUUUACAAUUGUUGGGGCAUUUUAAUUUUGCCACCAGAGUCAUACUACCAGGCCGGGCAUUUGUAAGCUAUCUAAUAAGUCUAUCCACUACAGUGAAGGAAUUACACUAUUAUGUGCACUUAAAUCAAGAGUGCAUAAAUGACUUGAAAAUGUGGCUUACUUUUCUAUCCGACUGGAAUGGAGUUUCACUUUUUUAUGAGCGUUAUCUUACGUCCAAUGCAGACCUCCAUCUUUACACUGAUGCGGCUUCGAAUUCAGGUUUUGGAGGAUUCUACGAUGGAAAAUGGUUCAGUGAACCUUGGCCACCUGACCUAAUGGAAUCAACAAAUGCAAAAUGUCCAUAG